AUGAACGCCUUGCUUAUCUUCCUAGCAGCAGUGGUCAUGGCCAGCAGUCAGCCGUAUGGCUAUUACGCCUAUUAUCCGUACUAUGCUUAUCCUUACGGAUAUCUACCACCAUCCGGAUACGGAUAUGGCUAUGGCUACUAUGGAUACUACAAAAACAAAGGUGCCACGGCAGGAAACGAGCCGAUGCCGAUCGAUUCUGGCGGUCCAAGGAUGAACCCUACCGCAUUCAACGACAUGCCACGUUUCAACCCGAAAUCCGCUUGA